AUGCCUAGGCAAGAUGGGAUAUCGGACUCAGGCUCAAACUUAGGUCAAUAUGCGGGGGUCCGCUCUGAAGCUCAAGCUGGGAAUGAAGCUGUUGAUGAGUCCUCGAAGAGCACGUGGCUGCAAGUCGUUUGGUCCGUGGAACUCUCUAAUGGAUCGCCAUUCCUCCUCUCACUAGGCAUGAGCAAGGCUCUGCUAGCCUUUGUCUGGAUCGCAGGUCCCCUAACCGGAACACUGGUCCAGCCAUACAUCGGUAUAAGAAGUGACAAUUGUCGAAUAUCAUGGGGGAAAAGAAAACCCUUUAUGAUUGUCGGCGGUGUGGCGACUAUUAUUACGCUCAUGAUGCUUGCGUGGGUGAAGGAGAUUGUGGGUGGGUUUUUAUCGGUUUUCGGUGUUGAUCCGGCUUCGAAUGGGACGAAGGUGGUUAAUAUGAUUUUUGCGACGAUUGUGAUGUUUUCGCUUGAUUUUGCUAUUAAUACUGUGCAAGCCGGUAUAAGAGCAUUCAUCGUUGAUAACUGUCCCACGCACCAACAGGAACUAGCAAAUGCCUGGGCAAGUCGAUGGACAGGCGUAGGCAACAUCAUCGGCUACGUCUUCGGGUACAUGGACCUACCGCACUAUUUCUCUUUUCUAGGAAAUACCCAGUUCAAAGUCCUGUGCGCAAUUGCAUCGGUUCUCCUAACCAUCACCCUCGCCAUAAGCUGCUGGUACAUCAUAGAAAGAGAUCCAAGACUCGAUGGGCCCCCCUCAUCAACUGGACUUGGUGUUGUUGAAUUCUUUCAAAAAACCUUCAAAUCCAUUCGGACAUUACCGACUCAGAUUGCGAAGGUUUGCGAAGUGCAGAUUGCCGCUUGGGUGGGAUGGUUCCCGUUUCUUUUCUACUCGACUACAUAUAUUGGACAACUUUAUGUGAACCCGAUUUUUGAGGAGAAUCCCCAUCUUCCACAGGAGCAGAUUGAUAAGGCGUGGGAAGAUGCGACGAGGGUGGGGACCUUUGCGUUGCUUAUUUAUGCGGUUAUUUCGUUUGCGGCGAAUACUAUUCUUCCCGUCUUUGUUGUGCCGACUUAUCAGGGGCAUCUUUCGGAGGGGAUUACAGGUGAAGAAAGGGAUAUUUUACUUGAGAGGGAGGGAGAGGGAGAAGGCGAAGGAGAUGAUGAACAUCAUCAUACUAGGAGGUUGUCUAUCUCUGCCAUGCCGGGAACUGCGUCGGAGCCGCUUCUAGAGGCAAAUGCGAAUGUGAACUCGAUCAAGGAUGUCAAUGGGGGUAAUCCCACAUGGCUUUCUCGGCUACAGAUCCCAGGCCUCACACUACGACACACUUGGUUCCUCUCACAUAUUCUCUUUGCAGUCUGCACGUUUAGCACGUUUUUCAUCUCGUCUUAUCAAGUUGGUUCCAUCGCUGUGGGAUUUAUUGGUAUUUGUUGGGCUGUGACAUUAUGGGCUCCUUUCGCCUUGAUCUCUCAGGAGGUAUCCCGUAUCGAUCUUGAACGAAGACUACGUCGCCAACACGCUACAGCCGGCAGAACACCGGUCUCUACCCCGGGAUCCCGCACAGCAAAUUCCUACGCGCCAGUCUCAGUCGAAGACGAGGAUCAGGAUCUAGAAGAUGGGCGCUCCAAAGUCUCCGAAGAAGAGAAUCUCGUUCAGGCCGGAAUAAUCCUGGGCCUCCAUAACGUCGCUGUGUCCUUCCCGCAGAUCUUUAGCAGUCUCAUCUGCAGCGCCAUUUUCAAGGUUGCGCAGAAACCACGCGGAGAACCUUGGGAUGAUAGUGUGGGUUGGGUUCUUCGAUUUGGAGGAUGUGCGGCGUUAGUAGCUGCCUUCUUAACCAAACGUUUAGCUGAGGGCUCACGUUAG